GCCAGUGCAACCGUAACCACCGCCAUCAAAACGUUGUCGUUUGGAACAAGGCGCGGAGAUCCAUUGCGCAAUUCGAUUCAAUUCCAUUUUCUCGUGCAGUUAGAAUCAGAUUCACAUUUCACCUAUCACGCAAUUUAGAUACCUUCAUUUCCUCGAAUUGAAGCCGCGUUGCGAUUUCUAGGGGGAAAAUAUUCCCCAAUUGUUCCUGCUACAGCUUCAAUAUUCGGUGCCCUCAUUUUGCUCAAGAGAAAGCGUGGAUUGUGUUGUUCUAUCGUUUCCAUGAUCGAUGCAAGGGUUUCUUCUGCUAAAUUGCAGUAGACGCCCGAAUCGGACAAGCGAUGAGGGUGGCGAUUUGGGUUCGUGAGAGGAUUAGGGUUUUCAGCGAAGGUUUUAGGGAUUUGUAGGGUUUAUAAUUGAGGGGCUUAGAAUGCUUUAGCUGGUGAUUUAAUUGAAAUCAGGGUGGUUUUUUUUUGGCUGAAACGAGACAAGGGUUGGUCUCGGUUUUCCCUUGGGGGGGUUGAUGAUGGUACAUUGAGGAUGGUGAGGCUUUUAGGAUUGAAUCGUAGGGAGGCAGAUGAACCAAGGGAAAUUGUUUCGAGGUCCAAUCUGACCAGUGAGUCCAGUGAAAAUGGUUGGCUCAUCAGGUUCUUUGAUUCCUCGUUCUUCUGCGAGUGGAUUGCUGUUAGCUACUUGUACAAACAUGAUCACUCCGGGGUUCGUGAUUAUUUGUGUAAUAGAAUGUAUACACUUCCCUUGCACGGGAUUGAGAGUUAUUUGUUCCAAGUUUGUUACAUGAUGAUACACAAGCCGAGCCCGUCUUUGGAUAAGUUUGUCAUAGAUGUGUGUUCUAAGUCGCUUAAGAUUGCUUUGAAGGUACAUUGGUUCUUAUUGGCGGAGCUUGAGGACUCGGAUGAUAAUGAAGGGAUUAGUAGGAUUCAGGAGAAGUGCCAGAUUGCAGCCACCUUGAUGGCUGAGUGGCCACCCCUGAUACGGCCUCAAGGUGCACCUUCAAGCCCUGGAGGUAAGAACCAAGUUUUGAAUAAGAUAUUUUCAUCAAAACAGCGGUUGUUGUCGCUAACAUCUUCACCGCCUACUCAGAGGUCUUUGUCAUUUACGCCUUCUUCGGGGAACAAUUUGCAAGGGGAUGGUAGUCCGCAAUCUCCUGAUGAAAACAAGUUAUUUAAGAAAUUUAUGCCAGGUCCAAAGGUAAGAGAUGCUUUGCUUUUUAGGAAGUCAGUAGAGAAAGAUGAUGAUGAUUCUGAAAAGGAUGGUUUUUUCAAGAGGCUUUUAAGAGAUAGCAAAGGUGAUGAUGAGUUGGGCCAAAAAAUUCGAGAUGCUUUUCUCUUUCGUAAGUCAUCUGAGAAAUAUGAUGAAGACUCUGAAAAGGAUAAUUUCUUCAAAAGGCUCUUAAGGGAUAGCAGAGGAGAUGAUGAAGACUCUGAAAAGGAUGGAUUCUUUAAAAGGCUCUUAAGGGACAGUAAAGGUGAAGAUGAGGAUUUGGCCUCAAGUUCAGAGGGAUUUUUUAAGAGAUUGUUUCGUGAUAGCAAGAAUGAUUCCGAGGAUAAAACACUCACUAAAACAAUGGAAGAUGAAGAGAAGGAGGGAUUUUUCCGAAAGUUUUUGAGAGAGAAAUUUGAAGAUAAGAAGGAUGGAAAUGAUGAAGGAGAUACUGCUAAUUCUGAAGAGAAAUGUGUGAUGCCUUCUGAAGAGGAUGAAAAAGAAGGGUUUUUCAGGAAAUUCUUUAAGGAUAAAUUUGAGGACAAGAAAGAUACAAAUGAUAAAAUUGAAGACGCUACUACCAAUGUUGAGGAAGAGCCUUCUGAUUUUUCUUUGUUCAAAAGACUAUUUCGUGGGCACCAUGAGGAUGGUAAAAGUAGUUCAGCCAAUGAAAACAACAAUGGUGGCUUGCUUGAAAGUAGUCCAGGUACGGAGAAUUUUUUCCGCAAACUGUUUAGAGAUCGUGACCGUUCAAUUGAAGAUUCAGAGCUAUUGGUGUCAAAGAAGCAAAAGGAGAAGCGUCCUGGAUCGCCAACGCAGCAAAAUGAUAAAUUACGAACAAAGCCUCCACUUCCAAUUAAUCCAUCGCAGUUCCGGAAAGGAGCUUACCAUGAGUCAUUGGAUUUUGUGCUGUCAUUAUGUGAAACAUCUUUUGGGUUAGUGGAUGUAUUUCCAAUUGAAGAUCGCAAAUGUGCUCUGCUUGAGUCGCUUGCAGAGAUCAAUUUACAUUUAACAGAGGCUCAGAAUACUGGAGGAGUUUGUUUUCCAUUGGGAAAGGGCAUGUACCGUGUGCUUCAUAUACCUGAAGAUGAAGCUGUUCUCUUGAAUUCUAGGGAGAAGGCGCCUUACCUGAUUUGUGUUGAAGUUUUGAAAUGCGAAAUGCCAAGUAAUUCCAAGGACACAUCCAGUUCUCAGAAACUUUCUAAAGGUGGAAUUCCUUUGGCGAAUGGAGAUGCUUUCUUGCAAAAACCACCCCCCUGGGCUUAUCCAUUAUGGUCAGCACAAGAGGCAUAUCGUAAUAGCAAUGAUAGGAUGUCCAGAUCAACUGCUCAGGCUAUUGACCUGGCAAUGACCCAUGCAUCUGAGGCAAAAGUCAAAUUUGUUAGUUUGAAUCUUUCUGUGGAAACACAAUUACAUGGUCUGCUGGAGAAGACUGAAGUGGAUCUACGUGGUGAUAGUCAGCAUCCUGCUUCAAAUUGUAGAGAGAGUGUACGAGAAAUGGCAAGAGCAGGACAUGACAUUGAUGUGGAGUGGGUACGUGUAGUAUUGAAAGCUGAUCCUGGGGUUAGAAUGGAAGAUAUUGAGGAUCAAGCACCACGACGGCGGAAGGAACAUCGCCGUGUUCCAAGUACAGUGGCAAUAGAGGAAGUAAAGGCUGCGGCAGCAAAAGGGGAGGCACCUCUUGGACUCCCUUUGAAAGGUGCUGGUCAAGAUUCAUCAGAUGCACAACCAAUGGCUAAUGGAAUUACUCCCAAAGCCAGUGAUGCCUUGUCUGGUGAACUUUGGGAGGCAAAGAAAGAGAGGAUACAAAAGGCUUCUAUAUAUGGGAAAUUACCUGGAUGGUACUUGCGAUCUGUUAUUGUAAAGAGUGGGGACGAUUGUAGGCAGGAGCAUCUGGCAGUUCAACUUAUUUCACACUUCUAUGAUAUUUUCCAAGAAGCUGGUCUACCUCUCUGGUUACGCCCUUAUGAAGUUUUAUGUACUUCUUCUUACACAGCUCUUAUUGAAACAAUUCCAGAUACGGCUUCUCUACAUUCUAUCAAGAGUAGAUAUCCCAACAUCUCAAGUUUACGUGAAUUCUUCAUUGCCAAGUAUCAAGAAGAUUCUCCGAGUUUUAAACUUGCCCAGAGGAACUUUGUUGAAAGUAUGGCUGGAUAUUCCCUGGUUUGCUACCUUCUGCAGGUGAAGGAUAGACAUAAUGGGAACCUCUUAAUGGAUGAAGAAGGUCAUAUUAUACAUAUUGAUUUUGGCUUCAUGCUUUCCAAUUCACCUGGUGGUGUUAAUUUUGAAAGUGCACCUUUUAAAUUAACCCGAGAGCUUCUUGAGGUCAUGGAUUCUGAUGCUGAGGGCAUUCCAAGCGAGUUCUUUGAUUAUUUCAAGGUUUUAUGCAUUCAAGGCUUCCUUACUUGCCGUAAGCAUGCAGAGCGCAUUAUUCUUCUUGUUGAGAUGUUGCAGGACUCUGGUUUCCCCUGCUUUAAAGGUGGUCCACGGACAAUACAGAACUUAAGAAAGCGAUUCCAUCUCAGUUUAACAGAAGAGCAAUGUGUAUCUUUGGUGCUUUCACUUAUUAGCAGCAGCCUGGAUGCAUGGCGGACACGGCAGUAUGAUUAUUACCAGAGGGUUUUGAAUGGAAUAUUGUGAGAUAGUUUGUCAAUGGUGAUCAUAUGCUUGUUCCCUUUUGACUAAGCUUGCACGGUGAAUGCUCAUGAGUUAGGAUUGCAUUUAUAAGUCAUUGAAGGGUGGUCGGUUCACUGUGUUAUAGCUUUAUAGAGUUUUUGUGAUAUGUAAGAAUUAAUAGGAGGCAGUGUGCAGUCUCAUUUCUCCUGGUGGCUGUGGAAGGAAGAUUCUACCUCCAAAAGUACUUCAAUAGUCUAGGAGGCUAAAUUUACUCGAGCUGAGUCUUUUUGAUCUUUCCCCCCCUUUUUUAUUGUGAAUGAAGCUCUUCUACUUGGAGAAGUUGCAUCAGCCUCCUAAAUGCUGAGAGAUAGUGCAAAUUGUACAGUGAUUUUAGCGGGACUACAGGCCAGAUUUAUAUUGGAUGUUGAUGAGUAGUGCCUAAACUAUUUGAUUCAUCAAAGUCUUGGGGCUGCGUUGAACUGUUGAGCAUUUACUGAAAUGGUACGUUUUGGAUAUCCAUUAUCAUGGGCAGGCCUCCAGUAUUGAAUUGCUCUGUUAUCUCUUCCUGAUCUCAGAUUAUCUAUGGCGUCUGUCUUCCCAGAGUUGAUUCUUCAAUACUUACACUGGAAAAUUGUUAUCGAAAUUCUUUGAUGAUGUUUCAUUGUAUCAUGUGUAAUUGAUCUUUGUUUACUU